GCUUUUGUAGUUGGACAAUCAUUAACAGGUAGUCUGUUGAAAAGAGGAUGAGGGCUCAGCAGAAUUUGUCUUUCUUACAGAUACAUCAUGAGGACGGUGGUCUUUCUGCAGCUGGCCCUCUGUGGCCUGUGUCUGACACUGACGCUGACUGGCGAAGGAAUGGCAGUCAACAUUCCUGACCCAGCACCAGUGGAUUGUCAGUGGGGCCGAUGGACGGAUUGGGGACCCUGUGAUCCCUGCACGAAAACCAGACGCCGCUCCAGGACCAUUGAAAGGUUCGGCCAGUUUGGAGGGACGGCGUGCCAGGGAUCACUUGGGGAGAGGGAGUUUUGUGCACCCAGAGCUCAAUGUAAUAGUACUGAGUACCCUGUGUGCUCAGACUCAGAGUUCCAGUGCGAGUCAGGUUUCUGCGUUAAAAAGCGGUUGAUGUGCAACGGGGAUUAUGACUGUGAAGAUGGAUCAGACGAAGACUGUGACGACCCUUCACACAAGCCAUGCAGAACCAGAAUCCUGGAGAGCAACGAGCAAGCCAGGACCGCGGGAUAUGGGAUCAACAUCCUUGGUGCAGAUCCUCGUAUGAACCCCUUCAACAAUGACUUCUUUAAUGGAAAAUGUGACACUGUGAAGAAUCCAUCCACAGAACAGCAUGACAGGAUUCCCUGGAACAUCGGAAUACUCCAGUAUCAGACUCUCGUGGAGGAAACCUUUUCCAGGGAAAUCUAUGAGAACACACACAGCCUGUUGAGGGAGCUCUUGACAGAGAUGAGCAGCAAAGUCGAAGGUGGAAUUAACAUCAAGUUAAGCCCAAGUGAGCAGAGCUUGUCCAGCUCUUCAUCCAGUGCUCCUUCUACGGAUUCCUCUUCCUCUUCUGGAACCGUUUCUGGAUCUGUCGGUUUGGAGGGCUCGUUCAGCAAGAAAUCAAUGAUAAAGGACGUCACAGAGUACACCACCAUCAAGAAUAAGAGCUUCAUGCGGAUCAAAGGCAGAGUACAGCUGAGCACCUACAGGUUGCGCUCAUAUCAGCUCCAGGUGGCUGAUGAAUUCAUACAGCAUAUCAAGUCUUUGCCUCUGGAGUAUGAGAAGGGCAUUUACUUUGCUUUCCUGGAAGAUUACGGCACUCACUACACCAGGAACGGAAAGACUGGCGGUGAAUACCAGUUGAUCUACGUCCUCAACGAGGACACCGUCAAACAAAGAAAUCUGACAGAGAGACAACUUCAAAAUUGUGUCAAAGUAGGCCUCAAAGCAGACAUCGCUGAAGCUGUAGAUGGACAUAUCAGCCGUGACGGCUGUGAUGACGUCACAACAAAAAAUGAAGGUAAUUCUCAAGGAAAAGCCGUUGUGGACAAGGUGAUGACGGCUGUCAAAGGCGGUAAUCUAGAAAGUGCCGUUGCUAUGAGAGCAAAACUAAAUAAAGACGGAGUGAUGGACCUCGCUACUAUUCAGAACUGGGCACGGACCAUUCCUAAUGUCCCAGCUCUCAUCAACAGCGAGGUGGGCUAGACUGACCAAAGUCCAACCCUUGGCUCCAGAGUUUAUUAUUUUUAGGCUACACUAAAUAUCAUAUCUGCAGUUGAAACAGGGCCAGCACCCGAACUCUCUCCCCUCAGACGUGCCAUAACAGGAAAUGAUUUUUGUUUAAAUAGUGUAAACUUCUAUUUGACACAAUAGUACAAACUGAGAUUAGACUACUACUGAUACUGGAAACUUUUGUGAAGCCCCUGUUUUAUCAGAUUUCACUGCUACUCAUUUGAGUGCCACAUUAGCAUCAUCACAGUCCUUUCUCCCAAUAGUGUUGCACCGUAGGUUGUGCCCUAUUUGAUAGCGACUUGGAGAGUCUAUAACUCAGUUCUUGACUUAUAUAAAACUCUGUUGGGUUUGUAUCAGCUGAAGAACUUUAAUUUCUGCAAUCUACUUAAUUUAUUUUCCACUAGUAAAAUAAAUACUUUUGCUCAAAGCAUCUGCCUCACUUGCAAAUAAGGAAAAUAGAAAAUACAGACUGAGGGAAGCAUUGGUGCACCAUCAAACACAUGUCUUUUCCCAUAAAAAUGACUGUGAAAACUU